UAUAACUCGCUGUAAUCCGACAAUUUAGUCAGUAGUCAGUUGAUCCACACCCAUACAAGUAGAUCUCUUAUUCGGGCGCGCUCAAAUAAUGUCAGAUAUCUAGACAUUGAGUUGUGACCGAAUAAAAAUAAUUUUUGUUGAGUAACACAGCUUCGUAAGCAGGUCUACUUAAACAAUUUUCAGUCUUAAUAAGACACGUAAACGCGAUCAAUUGAAGAAGUCAAUUUUAAGCUCGGAAGUCUUAUCAAAAUUUAUCUAUCUGAGAACGGAUAGAACACGACGAACUAUUCUGAGGAACACGUGUUAAUUCCGAGAAGAGAAAGAGAAAAAAUAUCAGCGAGACACAAUGAUAAUGAUAUUGACCGCGAUAAUUUUGGCUCUUUUCCUAAUCAUCAUAUUACAAGAAAUGUCAAAAUAUCCAUCAAAUUAUCCACCAGGUCCUUUUCCAUGGCCAUUUGUUGGGAACAUAUUUUAUUUUCGAAAAUUGUUAAAAAAGCUUGGCGGAUUACAUUUUGCUUUUUUGGAACUCAGCAAAAAAUAUAAUAGCGAUAUCAUCAGUCUACGAUUAGGAACCAACGACAUGAUUAUUGUUUCAAACAGUAAACUUAUACAGGAAGUACUUAGCAAAAGAGAGUAUGACGGACGUCCUUGGAAUGAAUUCAUAAAGAUACGAAACAUGGGAAUGAAAAAAGGAAUCACGAUGAAUGAUGGUCAAGAUUGGAAAAAAUUACGCUCUUGGUCGGUACGCACUCUAAAAAAUAUUGCUUUCGAUAAACAAAAAAUGAUGCAGUUUCUUAUGGAUGAGCUGACACUUAUCCUGGAGAGACUAAAAGAUGGUGGCGUGCAAGAUAUACACCCCAUAAUUGCACCAACUGUAAUAAAUGUAUUUUGGGCUCUAACAACAGGAAUGAAACUUUCUGAAGAUUCGUCAAGAUUACGGAAAUUUUUUACCUUAAUGGAUCGUCGCUCGGAUUUAUUUGAUAUAGCUGGUGGAAUUUUGUCCGCUUUUCCUUGGCUACGUUACGUCGCUCCUGAGUUCACGGGAUAUAAAACCCUUCUCGCAUUAAACUACGAACUUAAGGACUUAUUAAUGGAAACUAUUAAUAAACACAAACAACAAUAUGUCGAAGGAAAAGAAAAUGAUUUUAUCGAUGCAUUUAUCCAAGAGAUGAUCACGGAAAAUGAUAAGUCUGUGUUUUCAGAUGAUAAUCUCAUUUUAACGUUGCUCGAUUUUUUCAUCGCUGGAAUACAGACCACAACGGCAACAUUAGACUUUCUCUUUUUGCAAAUAGUCAAUCAUCAGGAUAUACAACGCAAACUGCAUGAGGAAAUCGAUGUCGUAAUCGGCUCCAAUAGACUUCCUACUUUGGAAGAUAGAAUAAGAAUGCCUUUUACGGAGGCUGUACUUUGCGAAAGUCAACGUAUAUGGCAAGUUACACCUAUAAUUGGUCCACGUCGUGUUCUCAAUAAUACGACACUUGGAGGUUACACUAUACCAAAGAAUGCCACCGUUUUAUUAAAUCUAGUUUGUAACAAUAUGAAUCCAGAAUUAUUUCCUGAUCCGACUUUAUUCAAGCCAGAAAGGUAUUUGGAUAAGCAAGGCGCUUAUCAAAUGGACCAAAAUUUAAUACUAUUUGGAAAAGGGAAAAGAAGAUGUCCUGGUGAAGUAUUGGCAAGAAGUGCUUUGUUCCUACUGUUUGUCGGCAUAAUGCAAAAAUAUUAUUUACGUCCAGUACCAGGUGAAAAAUCCAUCAAAAUAGAUCAUAUCAGUGGAAUAAUAGUGAAAUCAAAGCCUUAUCAAAUGUUAAUUGUUCCACGAAAUGUAACGUAAUAUGGAUAAUAUAUUCAAAUUUAUUAAAUUUAUAUAAAUAUUAAA